GCUUAUAAAUCUAUAUCUAUAUACAAAUAAAAAAAACCCUUCAACCGCUAUCUUGGAGAGACAAAGAAGAGACCUUUCGAUUUUGAUCUUCAUCAAUGGACGAAAUUGGAGAAUCCUCUGCUUCAGCCAAACCCUCAACUUCAACCAAACCCUCUGAUGAAAUCUGGGCCAAGCUUGUUCAGUCAGACUCGAGAUACUCAGAUAUUGAGAUAAGGUCAGAUGAAUGUGAAAUAUGUUCGGAGAUAUUAACUACUUCUAGUGACAAGCAUAGCUGGUGCAAAAUAGUAAGGAACUCUGAUCUAUGUUCUGCUACUAUUGAAAAUAAGAGUUCAAAUACAAUACUAGUUGAUGGGGCUGAGUUGUGCAGUGAUGACAAUGUUGUUAUCAAAGAUGGAAGUGAAAUCAUCUCAGGCCCUGAUAGAGAAGGAUUUGUCAGCUACAGAUUCCAAAUCUUGUCUAGCCCGGAAACCCCCCGCCGGAAUUUGCUAAAGAUAUCUAUAGAUGUUGAUCAUGCAAAGUGUAGUAUUUGCUUAAACCUAUGGCAUGAUGUUGUGACUGUUGCUCCAUGCCUUCAUAAUUUUUGCAACGGUUGCUUCUCUCAAUGGUUACGGAGAUCGCAGGAAAAUCGUUCGACUAUACUUUGUCCUCAUUGCAGGGGAGUUGUUCAUCUCGUUGGAAAAAACCACUUUCUGCGCACCAUUGCAGAGGAUAUGGUGAGAGCUGAUUCUUCCCUACAACGCUCGCAGGACGAAACCACGGUUUUAGAUACAUAUGCUUCUGUUCGGUCAAACCUUCUCAUUGGAUAUACAAAGAAGGGUCGAAAGAGGGCCAACACAACAAUGGAUGAUCAAAGUGGUGGCACAGAUCAUCAUUGCCCACAGUGUGUUGCUGAUGUUGGCGAGUUUCGAUGCAAUCACAACACUAUUCAUCUCCAAUGUCAAGCAUGUGGAGGAAUGAUGCCUUCCCGUAAUGGUCUGCGUGUUCCUCAAUAUUGCAUAGGAUGUGACAGGCCAUUUUGCGGACCUUACUGGAAUGAUCAAGGGGUAACUAGGAGUAGCUCAUAUCCUGUGUGUUCACGGGAUAUUUUAAGACCUAUCUCGGAAUACCCUAUCGCAAGAAUUCCUUUCGUAGCCCAUGAAAAGAAUAUGCACGAACAGAGUAUCACCGAAAGUUGCAUAAGACUAAUGGGGAGGACAUUGCAGGAUGUCAUAUCAGAAUGGAUAGUAAAGCUGAAUAAUAAUGAAAUUGAUACGACACGAAUGAUGUUGAAUCACGCAGAGAUGAUGACUGCUGGGACUUUAGUAUGCAGCGAGUGUUAUGAGAAGUUGGUGUCAUUUCUGUUAUACUGGUUUCGCAUCUCUAUACCCAAAGAGCGUCUCCCAGCAGAAGCAGCAGCAAGAGAAGAUUGCUGGUAUGGAUAUGCAUGUCGGACACAGCACCGUAGCGAAGAGCAUGCUAAGAAAAGGAAUCAUGUUUGCCGUCCAACCAGAGGCUCUUUCUGAUGUAAAUGAAUGUUUUUUCUUUUAUGUCAGAUUUGUGUUUUGUUUUCAGUAGUCUUUUCUUGCUUGACAAGUAACAAAAUGACCCUUGGAGAAAUUACCUUUGUAGAAGGUUAGAAGUUAUGGAAAUUCUGGAUAUAUUGAUUUGACUUGGAA